AUGGGUGUCAUGAUUUGUUCCAUCCUCAAGACAGUCGAACUGAAGAACAUCACCGGAACAACUGACCCAACAUGGUCCGGUGUCAACCUUUCCAUCUGGUCCAGCGCCGAGCUCCAGGUGGGCAUCUUCAUCGCCGCCUUGCCUCCCCUACGCAAAGUCUUCGACCGCCUCUUGCACAAAUUUGUCCCAGGCUUGUCAACAAGCGGCCACAAAUCAACGCCCGGCUACGGUACGCCCGGCUACGGUGGUCGCUCGGCGCAUGGCGAUGACAUUCGAAUGAACACAAUGGGCAAGGGCGAUAGGAGUACACGCAAGACUUAUCCUCACGAAAGUGCGUUAGACAGUGACAGUGAGAGCGAGAAGGCGAUACUAGACGAUGAGGAGAGGAGGACGCAAGGUUCAGGCAUCACGAAGUCGACAAACAUCACCAUCACCGAAGAACCAAGAGAUAGCCGCAAUAGCCGCAACGACAGUCCUGCGCAUAGCUUGUAG